GAGAGAGAGAGAGAGAGACAGAGACAGAGAGAGAGAGAGAGAGAGACAGAGAGAGAGAGAGAGAGAGAGAGUUGAUGAGCAGAACUGCGUUCUCACCUGGUCUUAGUGCAGCUGAGCUGGUCUGGUUUCAUAUCUGUUAUUAAUGGAGAUGUAGAGGAGCAGAAGCAGGCUGGUGUCAAUAUCUCCUAACAGAGAUCUUCAGGGUGGAGCAGCUGGUGGUGUUUUCUCUCUAAGCGGCGGUGAAGAGCAGCUGAAGGAACCAGAGAUGGACUUUCUCCUCUCCUCCUAACGAAGGAUUACAAACAAAGGCCGAAACCUGAACAACACAAUCUGCCCACAGAAGGCUGCUGACAUUAUAACGACACGGAGGUGUGAAUACAGCGAGGCUGUCUGCUGUGUGCAGCCUGCUGUCUGCUCCUCCAGAGGAGCCGCUGUACGGAGCAUGAGGAGAACAUGAGGAGCAGCAGCGUCUGGAGCUUCACCACUGGACUGAUGGAGAGCCAUUAGCUUGUUCGUGUGGAGGUCACUGUGGACGUGUUGUCACUAAAUGACCAAACACGAGGACCAGAGGGGAUAAAUCAACCACGUCUCACAGCCGAAUAACGGACAUUCAUGCACAUUUAGCAAACAUGCUUUAACAACAUGUCAAUACGACUCUGGGCGGUGUUUAUUUUGACGGAAUGUAAACAAAUAGCUAACUUCCGGGUGAGGUACUGAACUGCUCUGGUAAAGAAACUGAGUUUUUGGGUCUUUGUUUUGGUAACAUCAGGCUGAACCUAAAACAGCUGCAAAUGAUAAUUAGCUUACAGCAAAAAUAUAUAUGUUUUUAUAUUUCAGACUAUAGUAGGAUAAAUAGGCCUACUGUCAUUUACAAAUCACUAGCUGCAUUAUUACAGUAUUAGUAACACCUGUAUCAAGUAUUAUGCAGUUUAGUAUUUAUCAUAAUAUGGCAACAUUUUACAAUGAGUUAACAAACAAAAUGUGAAGCACAUAUUUUGGUCAAAUAUGCCACAAAAAUUGCCAAGUGUAUAUGUAAAAAUGUCAUAUCAAAUAAAAUUACACUAAGAGAAUUAUAACAAAAACAAGAGACAAAAAAAGAGCAUCCUUAAAAAUGUGAUAAACAAACAAUGACAUUCUAUCAGAGUUUUAAAUUCUAGAUAAUAAUCCCCUUGUAUGAUGGGCUCCUGUGGAUCAUGUAUGGCAUCAAGUCAGUGACCUCUUAACCCCAGAGAGCUGGGCUUCAAUAGAAGAAGGUCCCUGGGGAGUUGUAUAGCAUACAAAUGACAUCGCCUGUAGCUGUUACAAUGAUGAAGCAUGAUUGACAUUAUAAGUACUCAUACAAAGCAACUGUGUGUUUUCAACAGUGCUGUAAAACAUUGGUAUCUAUCAUAUUAAAAAGGGUCAGGCUUUAUUCUACAUAUUUAGAUCUUAUUUUGGAAAAAAACUUAUUAGUGUCAUCAUAUACAGAAAGGUACAUAUAUGAAAUCUGACCUGCAUUUAACCCAUCCUAAGCAUUUAGGAGCAGUGGGCUGCUGUGAAGCACUCUGGGACUAACUUGGGUUUCAGUGACUCGUUCAAGGACACUUUGACAUGUGGACAGUAGGAGCCGGGGAUCAAACCACCAACCUUGUGAAAACUACAAAUGGUUGAGGAGGAGUUAUCAGCAGCUACGUUUGAACCCAUGAAACCGACACGGACUGACUGUAAUCUGAAUGGAUGUGUUUGAGACGAGGAAUGACUUUUGUUGUGCUGUUUUUGUGCCUCGUCGAUGGAUUCGCCCGGUAGCACGGCCCUGCGGGGCAGCAGUGGCACCAACUACACAGCUGACACCUCGGGUCCAAGCUUCACCAGCCAGCUGGGCACCUCCUCACCUGUUGUGCCGAGGGUCGUUUCCAUAGUGACCAGCCUAGUGACCGCCACCACAGAGGCCACAGUGGGAAACACAGGAAACCUGUCGACGUUCAGAGACCAGAGAGGGAGCGAGCUCGGUCUCAUCCAUCAGGCGUCGACCCCGUCGGUGCUGAGCGCCGUUGAGAGCAACUCUGUCCUGCAGGGCAUCACGGUGGCAACGCAGGCCCUGGUCCUUCUCUCCAUCUUCCUCCUCUCCAGCCUCGGCAACUCGGCAGUCGUCAUCGUCAUCAUCAAACACCGGCAGCUCCGAACGGUGACCAACGCUUUCAUCAUGUCGCUGUCGUUGUCCGACUUCUUCACCGCCGUUCUGUGUCUGCCGUUCUCCUUCGUCAUGCUCUUCAGUAAGGACGGCGUCUGGAUGUUCGGGGAUCGUUUCUGCGUGGCCAACGGCUUUUUCAACACCUGCUUUGGCAUCAUCUCCACCCUGACUAUGACUCUGAUCUCCUUUGACAGGUACUACGCCAUAGUCAGACAGCCACAGGCUAAAAUCGGGCGCCAGAAAGCGACUCAGUUGUUGAUAGCCGUGUGGUUAACUGCAGUUAUUUUCUCUCUGCCUUGGUAUCUGUUAAUCCCAACACCUACAGAAAUCCACAAGCAAGGUUUCUACCACUGUAUGUACGUGUUCCACUCCGGGACCUCACGCAUGGGGACAGCUUAUAGCAUCUGCCUUAUCGUCGUAUGUUAUCUACUGCCCUUCUCCCUCAUGUGUUUUUGCCAUUAUAACAUCUGUAAGACAGUUCGUCUCUCUGAAAUCCGAGUCAGGCCAGUGACCACGUACGCAUACUUGCUGCGAUUUUACAGUGAGAUGCGAACAGCCACCACAGUUCUGAUUAUGAUUGUUUUCAUCAUUUUCUGUUGGGGGCCGUAUUGUUUAAUGGGGUUGGUCACAGCGUUGGGGGACUACACGUUCAACCCCGCAAUGGACACCGUGGCCAUCUGGCUAGCCUGGGCCAACGGAGCCAUCAACCCUCUGAUCUACGCCCUGAGGAACCCCAAUAUAUCCAUGUUACUGGGGCGGAGCAGAGAGGAGGGCUAUCGGACCAGAAACAUUGCCGCGUACCUCUCCAGCCAAACGCAGAACCACGAGGUUCGGCAUAACCAAGCAGAGAGGAUAAGGGACCGCUACGUGAGUCGCGUAGGGGUGAAUAAUAACGGCCGUCUGUCCAGUUCAAGUCCCGGAAAAGGAGGAGGAGGAGGAGGAGGAGGGGGUGGAGAGGUGGCGAUGUGGGCCUGUAAAAACCCCGCUGUGUUCUUCUGCAGGGACGCCCAGUCGGACACGGCAACACUACCCAACUGUGUCAGUGCUCCAAAGAUGAAGACGGCGGACACCAGCCUGUGACAUUCUGGUAGAGCGAUUGUCGUCAUCUUAUCUGUAUUAGUUGUUGUGGAUCUAGAGACUGCCUUUUGGAAAUACCUGAUAGUGUUUAUGUCUCUUCUGAUCUCAGAAAUGUUUAUGAUUCAAACCACCACUUGAUCAGAUUUAGUUCCAGGAAGGAUCAUUUGAGCCGUUCAUAUACUACUAUUAAGUUACUGUUUACACGAGGUGGGAAGACAAAAGUUAUGACGGGGAAAACUCCAUUUAAGCAGCUGUUGUACAAUAGAUAGGUACAUGAAAUUCCUUCCUGACACCAUCAAGUCCUCUCAAGGACCACCUGAAACACCUCUGGAACCCCCUCAGUGAUUAAGCAUGGAAGGGGAAACCAUGACAAGUUUGUGUUUGUGUUACAAAGGUCUUCAUGUCAUGUCAUCUGUAAAUGCAGCGCGUAGUUAUGGAAAACUGAAAGGAUCUAGUUUUUCCAUAAUUCCAUGCUUAAAACAUAAUAUAUGUACUGUACAUGUCAUUUUCAGACUCUCUGCUCCAAAAAAAUUACACAAGCGGUCCUUUGUUUAAAUUCUUAAAACGACAUAACUUUCCUCCUUCACAGGGAUGCACCGAUCUGACUUUUUCUGUCUCGAUACCGAUAGCGAUACCUGGGCUUUGGGUAUCGGCCGAUACCGAGUACCGAUCUGAUACCAGUGUUUAAUUAUUACAUUGUAUGCCUCACUGUG